AACAUGCAUUGUACACCUACACCUCUGUUCACCAGCUGUUAAUUUUGCUAGCGUGGUUUGCGAAUUUUUUUUAUUUGCGUCCUGUUAAAUUUUCGCCAAAUUCACCAUGAUGAAUAUCAUUGCCCUGGUCAUACUGUUUAUUUCAUGUGAUCAGCAAUACAGCGUUUUCGCGAACCCCACAAGCAACAGCUGCAUCCAUGAGUGCGUGAACAAUUCGGGACAGUCAUCCGAUCCCUUAACUCUCAUAAUGUCUUGGACACCAGCGGUGCCCAAUGUCCCCGCCCGGCAUUUGCACGACAUUACCACAUUCCCGCCACAGCCGACCAUAAUCCUCCCCGAUAUUACCAUCUAUCCGCAUAAAUUCUGCACGCAAAAUACAUCCGCCAACGGCAGCGAUGUCGUCCUUUUGGCGGUGAUGACCGAACCGGAGGACAGCGUUCUUCGCAUCGAAUACCGGCAGAUGUGGAAUCAGUAUCUUCCUUAUAUCUCCGGGAACCUAAUGUUUUUUCUACCUGUCUCACACGCCCCGAAGAUUCAGGAAACCAUUCAACAGGAAGCGCUGCAGAACGGGGAUAUCCUGCAACUGAACACACCGGCCAGUUCAACGGAAAAAUACCUUGAGACACUGGCCGCAAUACAAUGGGCCGACGAAAACUGCCCGCAUAAGUUUAUGCUGCGGAUGGAUGUCGAUGUGCUUGUGCAAGUGGCAUCAUUGAAGACGAUAUUGGACAACGCGCUGUUUAAACGUUUGGACGACACAGCGGCAAUUUUGGGUGACGUUAUUGAUGACGAGGGUGCGGUUAACACAUCCAGCUCCCCGAAAUUCAUCCUGGGUUCGUUUUACAUUAUUACCCGGCCAGCUUUUCGUCGCCUCGUCGAAGCAUGUCGGCGAAUACGUCCUAUCUCCCCGGAGGAAGUCUACCUGACUGGAUCGUGUGCGGAUGCCGGUCGUGUGUUGCGCAUCCAAGUGGAGGAAGUGGAGAUUGAGCGUGAGUUAACGCUGUGGCGCCGAAUGUUCUCCUGCCUGCCAUCCCAUGUUCUUAGUGUUACCGGCGUGGGCAAAGAAAACAUCCUUCAGAACUGGCGGAAAGCGGUGCGUGCCAGCUGUUAUGUGUGACGGUAAUCACUGGCCACUGGGAAUAUCGAAAACGGUGCACCGUUGAUGGGUAAUUUUGUGCCGGAUGAUUCAAACUCGGGACGAGGUUUAUCCGUAAUUAUCGCUGAGACACGUCUCCAAUAUGUGGAGACGGAUUGUAAAUUGUAAUGAUAUUCUUCUCCGGUGCAAUCUCUCUUAAACGUCUUUAUGUCUUCAUACGUUGCCCAUAUCCUCCUGGAUGUGGUUUCUUUGGUUUGAAUUUGAGAAUUAAUUUCUAACGGUUAAAAUUUCCACGGUUAACGGUUAAAAUUUCUAACGGUUAAUUUUCCACUGAAGAA